CACAAUUGAUUCUUACACAAACACACACAAAUGGCGAGGGAUAAGAGCAACGAGUUGUACCUGAGUGUCCCCAGCUUCUUCAAGUGCCCAAUAUCCAUGGACGUUAUGAAAUCUCCUGUCAGCCUCUGCACCGGCGUCACUUACGACCGCACCAGCAUCCAAAAUUGGCUAGAUUCCGGCCACAACACCUGUCCGGCAACCAUGCAAGUCCUUCAUUCCACCGACGUCGUCCCAAACCUCACCCUUCGCCGCCUCAUUCGCGUCUGGUCUGAUUCCUCUCUCCUCUGUCCUGAAUCACACGCCAUCUUCAACAAUCCCAUAGCCAUUGACUAUAUUACAAAAUUGAUCAGUAACGGAGAAACGGAAAACCUUUCCUUAGGUGCAUUGUUGAGGAUUGUUGAAUUGGCGAAGUUGUCUGAGGAAGGUAGAGAAUCCUUGGCGAAUUUGGACGGAUUCGUUCCAAUGAUGGUGAGGAUUCUGAAACACAGUGAUGAAGUUGAAGUCGUCGAAUUAGUGGUUACCGCUUUGGAUCUGAUUCUAUCUAUCAAAGGAGUCAAAGACCGAUUAAAGAAAUUUAAUCUCGAUGAUGCUUUCUUUUCGCCGUUCAAUAUUGUUCUUCAAAAAGGCAGCUUAGAUGCUAGAAUUAGAGCCGCUAGGGUUUUGGAAUCACUCGCCGUGUUCGAUAACGAAUCUCGACGAGUAAUCGCUGACCAAAAAGGCUUAUUGAACGAGCUGUAUCAUUUUACGAACACCCUUACCGAUUGGACGGCUAUUGACGUCGGAUUAGCAGCUCUUAUCGCGAUUUCCACUUCCAGGCAGGUAAAAAAGGAGCUGGUCCGGCUGGGGAUAGUGAGGACAGCAGCAAGGAUCCUGUCCGAUUCUGAAAAUCCUGUUGGAAUGAUGGAAAAAGCUAUGAAGGUACUGCAGAUGGUAUCGACGUGCAGGGAGGGACGGACAGCGAUAUCAGAGGACGAGAAAUGUGUGACGGCCGUCGUUCAGCGGCUGAUAAAGGUUUCAACGGCGACGACGGAGCUCGGAAUCGUAAUGAUAUGGAGCGUUUGUUACAUGUGGAGAGAUCGUAGUGCUCUGGAAGCGGCGAUGAGGAACAACGGUUUGACGAAGGUGUUGUUGGUGAUGCAGAGCAAUUGCUCCGGCACGGUGAAGCAAAUGUGCCGGGAAUUGGUGAAGGUUUUCCGAGUUAACUCAAAGUCUUGUUUGGCGAGCUACGAAACGCGUACAACUCACAUCACGCCGUAUUGACUGGGUCAACUCGGACUGGGUCUAUACACUUUUUUGUUUGUUUUAGCAUCUGACGACUUACGGAUUACAUCCAAAAGCUGUAAAUCAAAAUUUCAUUAUUAUAAAAUUCACAAAUUCAUCCA